AUGCCGCCGCGCCGCCAGCCCACUCCAGCGCCACCGCCCGAUGCAUGUACGCCCUCCCCCUACGCGACCGGCGCUAAGCCAGGCGCGGCCUUUCAUCCCCAACACCGCCGCCCUAGGACGCCGCCCUGCAUCUCCAAUGUCGCGCCGCCCGUUCACCCGACGCGAGGACGCCUCUGCCUGAAUCGAGGACGUCAGCGCCCUGCACCACUGCUCCUCGAAGCCACACUACCUCUGAAGACAAACGCUGUACUGGAACUAGCUCACAGUAUCAACCACAUCGUGUUGCUUUCUGGGACGCCCUCUUUGUCAAGACCUUUUGACAUCUAUCACCAGAUAAAUAUGUUACGUCCCAAUUUGCUUGGACAUGAUAAAUUUGAGUUUGCAAGGACAUACUGUUCACUUCAUGUUGCUCAAAGAUCUCACGGUAAAACCUACCAGGACUUUUCAAAGGGUGCUCGGUUGACGGAGUUAAAUGUUUUGCUCAGUCAGACUCUCAUGCCUGUCGGUGGCCAUCUCGCUGCAGGCUAAGCACAUGAAGAA